AAUACAUUUUUGGGUGCUAGCUUACUACCUAAUAUUUAUCUAGGUUCAAAGUUUAUGCUAGAAGACACACCAUAUGGUGAUGAACAUAUUUAUUUAGGUUCCAAGUUUAUGCUAGGCGCACCAUAUGGUGACAACCUUCCAGGUCAGGACACAUACCAGGAACCACCAGCAGAGGGCUCUAGUCUCCAAGUGGACGUAUCCCCUGAAAGUAAGCGUCUACAACUACUGACACCAUUUGAGAAAUGGUCUGGCAAAGAUCUGGAAGAUAAUUGUGGGUAUUCUAAUCAAGGUAUUUACUUAAUGAUCAGUAUAUGUAUAUCUUUUAUUGACUCUUUAGAUGUCAUAUCAUGACAUAUUAGUCACUAUGGUAGAGCAGUUCUUCCCAUUGUCGAGUUGAAGAACUGGUAUCUUUAUCAUGGCUAGAACCAUAGACAAUUCUAGCCAGCGCCAGCCUUUUAUCGAGUUAGCAGCACUCUAGUAAUCGCCGGUAUAGGUCAGUAGUCAUAGGUCAAAGACAAAUCACAAGAAG